AUGGCAUCAAAACAAAAAUACAACCCAUGCGAUUGUUCUAUAUUUAAUGCAAUUGCAAUGAAAAUACAGCCCCAAUUUGACGAUUAUGCUUUACAAAUCCGUCAGUUUUCGCAAGAAUUGAACUUUUUAUUAACGAUUGCUGAAAGUGACCGUGUCUUUGCUGAAAUGAGUAAAAACGACACAAGGCAAGUUAAAGAAGCCCUAGACAGAUCGUCUACUGCAGAUAUUAGAUUAACUAGGAACUUUAUGACUAUUCAUGCACUUGCUAAAGAAAUUGAUGGGCAACUACAAAGAACAUGGAAAUCUUUAAUUUCUUGCCAAAGUGAUACCAAUAAAGUUUAUUUUCUAUUAAAUGAUUUCAUUCCUGAGGAGUCUGAAAAGCUGACAUUAAAAGUCCAAGAAGUCGCAAAUGAAUGCAAAAUCCAAAACUCCCAGCUAAUUUGAAAAGAAGAAAAAACUGAUGAAAUUUUCGACAAAAAUAUCUCCAAAACUCCAAAAAUAAUGUUCAGUAACUCUAUUAACUCUUUUGAGUGCAAGGACCAAGGGGAUGUCACAUUUAAUUGUAUUAAAAUGCAGAUGCGAGGAUCUCAAAUAUGCAAAAAGAGCGCUCAGCAUGUGCUUGAUGUUUUUAAUUAUAACUCACAAGUCCUUGCAAAUUUAAAUAACCUGCAAAAAGUUUUGCUUUAUUUGAAAUUGUCAUUUGAAAAGGUCGAAAAUAUUUUCCAGACCAUUAUGAGCCAAGCCAAUAUAAAACUUAAAAUUUUCAACCACAUACCUGGGGUAACUAAGGCUUUACUAUUUAAUGAUGAUAAUUUUGCGAUUUUUCUUGAUAAAAUUACGAAACAAGAAAAUAAGGUCAACGAAGAACUGGCAAAAUUGAAUACUUAUAUUAUGUAUUUCCCUAUACAAUUGCAAACUUCUGAUCAAAGCUGCCUGCCAAUUCAUAAUAUUUUGAAUCAAGGGUCAGGAAAAAGCACGUUUUUUGAAAGGCUAAGACAGGUAUAUUCACUUGGAAAAUCAAUUUCAGGGUUUCUAAAGAUUUUGUGUGAGCAAUCAAAAGAGAUGCAUAAAUGUAUGAUUGUGUGCAUUUAGAAUAAUAUAAAUAUUACUAUUUGCAUUAUAAUAGUUAUAUAAUUAAGAAUAAUCAAUUUUUAAUUAAAUUCAAGAAAGCAAAUAGAAGAGUUAGCAAAAUUAAAAUCAGCGAAAAAGCCGAUAAUAUUGGGUUUGCUGUAGAAGUUUCUUUGAGAAGACUUAGCCAGCUUAAAAAAACAAAUAUAGAUGCAAAUAAAGCUUUCUACUACAGACUGAAUAAUAACGUUCUUUACCGCCUUCUCCAUAUGAAAUCGACUAUAUUAAAGAAAUUUCAGCCUCACAGUAUUGCAAUAGGCCUAGGUAUCGCUAGAAAUCGUCUUACCAGCUUAAUGAAAGCUUAUAUAUCAGAUCGCAAAGAAGAUCCUCUAAACUGAGAAAAAAACAUCCGAGUCCUUACAUUAAAGCGAUUUGACCUAGCGUCAAUUGAAAAUAAAGUCCACCAUUCCUAUACACUAAAUACUGCUGGAUGUCACUCUUAUGAGUCAAGCUGAGAGUUGCAAUGUGUCGGAGACGAUAAAUACAUCCCUGAAAAAUCUGAUAAAGAAGAGUCCUCAAAUAAAAGUUCUUCAUCUAGCGGUUCUUCUUCUAGCAGAGUCUCAGAAAGCGAGCUCUCUUAUAAUUCAGAUAGCGACAAAAGUCCUGAAACUCCAGAUCUUACAAGAUAUCGUAAUAAAAUCAGAAGCAGCCAAGAUAUCAAUUUAAAUUCUUUAAAAGAGCUGACUAGAAGCUUAAAUAAUGAAGUCAGGUCAAUUCAUCACAAAGGCUUGAUUGGGUGGAAAAAAAAUUUGAAAAAUCUGAGAAAGGUGGAAGAGAAAUCCUUGGUAAAUAAUGAAGUCAGAAAAAAGUUUAUUGUAGAAAUGGAAAAAAGAAAGGAAUUAAGAAACAAAACAUUAGAAACUAUGAUAGAAAACGCAAAAGCCUUUACCCCUGAAAAGUAUGUAAGAAAACAGGCUAAGAGCCAAGACUUAAGAUCUAUAACUCCAGAACAAAAUUACUUGACGCAGAAAACUGAUAGAGAAAAUGCAAACCAGAAUGAUCAGUCUAUGAAAUAUUCUAAAACUGUGGAUAUAAUCAAGCAUGUGCAAAGCAGGAUUUAUAACAAGUCCUUACAAGAUGUGAUCUCUAAACUAGGAGGAGGUAAUGAAGACACAAAACCAAAGGAAACUCGAAUAGACUCUGCCAGCAAGCGUCUUGGUGAAAAACUGAUCAAUCAAAUUUCUGAGCUGACUUAUGUAAAUGGUAUGGGGAUGCGGAAAACUAUAUCUUUAGUUACAAGACAAAAAGGGGGAUACCUCCAAAAACGAAUAAGUGCUAUCCAGCAAGACCGCUCCUUAUCUCCAUUUCUCAAGCUAAAAAAUAUCCAAGAAGAGUUCUCACAAUAUGGAAAUAACCCAAAUUCUGCAUCACCGCCAAGACCUGGGUCUUCAAUUACCAAAGUCAAAGGGAAAAAUGUUUAUUUAAUGUCUAUGAGCUAA